GACGAAGACAUGGAUGAGCCACUGUUGCUAAGAUGCAUUAUUGAUGAAAGCGAUAUAAGGAAAGUUACCUUUGAACAAAAACCUGACUCAGUUGAGGAAUUAMAAAACAAGCUUAAAGACAAGCUACAGCUUCAAUAUGACUUUCGGCUGCAAUAUGAAGACCCUGAUUUCAACAAUUCCUACUGCAACCUGACAGAAAUUCAAGAUUUACCCCAAAGGGCUACUUUGAAAGUCAUCCCCCUUAUAACAUUGACUGUUACAACUCUGUCACCAGUCCCUGCAUCUGACAGUGAGGGAAGCUCGGCUGAUACAGACAUUCUGCCAACUGCUGGAGACAGUCCUCUGUCAAGUAGAAAGCAGUGGCCGGAGUUUUUUGAUAUUCCAAACUUUGCGGUAGAUGUUGAGUACAGACUUAGGCAGGGAGACCUUGCUUUUAUGAGGGAUGGCACUCACAUGAACGUGCCCCGUGACAUGAAACACGACAUCCUUGAGAAACUUGCAGAAACUAUAUAUAGCUUCAAAGCUUACCCGGAUGACAAGGACUUCAGCAGCGUUGCUAUGGCACUUGUCAGUAAGCACCCUGGUCUGACAGAGCCUGGUCCUCAGCCUGGAUGGUACGGCUGGAAAAACAGCCUCAAGUUCAAGAUGGGGAAUUUUCGCUCUAAGCUUCGUAAAGCUGGGUGCGAUGAUGUGACAGUCAACGGUGGAAAAAGGAGCCAGAUGAAUCCUGAAGGGGAGSCUUCCAACAAGAAUAUUAAACGGCCAAAAAGAGGCGAAGUAAAUUAUUUUCCAAAUGUGCCACAAGGCCAUAACGAAGAAAACAUUGACAGUKGUYGAAAAUGUUUGGUUGAGGAAAUGAAGAAGAAGCAUCCAAACGUCUCUUACAUCGCACAAGUAAUGAAUGACACAUUCCCGAUGCGCAGACAAGAAAUUGUGAAGAACGAGCCGUCCAUCCAAUUAAUGAUUGCCAGAUGGCCUGCACUGUUCACAGAAGGACAG